GGUAUAUAGUCGGGUGGCCAGAGCCUGGCUUUGAACGUCGCGUGGGACUCGUCGGAGCGUGGUCUCUCUGUGCUAAUAUCGGUUGAUUUCUUUCUUCAGGAGGAAAAAUGGCAUCGGUCGCAGUUAAUCCACAACCGAGUGUGGUCACUAGGGUAGCUAACCUACCCUUGGUGAGCUCCACAUACGACCUUGUCUCCUCGGCUUACAUCAGCACAAAGGAUCAGUAUCCUUGCUUGAAGUCCGUGUGCGAGAUGGCGGAGAAGGGUGUGAAGACCAUCACUUCUGUGGCUGUGACGAGUGCUCUACCCAUCAUCCAGAAGCUGGAGCCACAAAUUGCGGUUGCUAAUACCUAUGCUUGUAAGGGGCUCGACAGGAUUGAGGAGAAACUGCCUAUUCUGAAUCAGCCAACAAACCAGGUUGUUGCCAAUGCCAGAGGUGCUAUGACUGGGGCAAAAGAUGCUGUGACAACUACUGUGACUGGAGCCAAGGAUACCAUGGCCAGCACCAUCACUGGGGUGAUGGACAAGACCAAAGGAGCAGUGACUGGCAGUGUGCAGAAGACCAAGUCUGUGGUCAAUGGCGGCAUUAACACAGUCUUGGGAAGUCGGAUGAUGCAGCUGGUUAGCAGUGGAGUAGAGAAUGCACUCACCAAAUCCGAGUUGCUGGUAGACCAGUACCUCCCUCUCACUGAGAAAGAACUAGAAAAAGAAGCAAAAAAGGUUGAAGGGUUUGAUACGGUUCAGAAGCCAAGUUAUUACAUUAGGCUGGGAUCCCUGUCUACCAAGCUCCGCUCACGUGCCUACCAGCAGGCCCUCAGCAGGGUUAAAGAAGCCAAGCAAAAAAGCCAAGAGACCAUUUCUCAGCUCCAUUCCACUGUUAACCUGAUUGAAUUUGCCAGGAAGAAUGUGCAGAGUGCCAACCAGAAAAUUCAGGGUGCUCAGGACAAGUUCUAUCUCUCCUGGGUGGAAUGGAAGAGAAGCAUCGGCCAUGAUGAUACAGAUGAAUCCCACUGUGCUGAGCACAUUGAGUCACGUACCCUUGCUAUUGCCCGCAACCUGACUCAGCAGCUCCAGACCACGUGCCACACCCUGCUGUCCAACAUCCAGGGGUUACCACAGAACAUCCAGGAUCAGGCCAGUAACGUGGGGGUGAUGGCUGGUGACAUCUACUCAGUGUUCCGCAACGCUGCCUCCUUUAAGGAAGUGUCUGACGGCCUCCUCACUUCUAGCAAGGGGCAGCUGCAGAAAAUGAAGGAGUCUUUAGAUGAUGUGAUGGAUUAUCUUGUUAACAACACACCUCUCAACUGGCUGGUAUUUGAUUUCACUGCUAUAGACUUGACAUCUGAGACUGAUGAAAUUCCAGAUAUUAUUGCUUUGGAAGAGGAGGAUGGGUCAGAUCAUUCACAUGCUAAUGGCCCCGUGUCCUCUCAGGGCCAAAUGUUGAAUAACUAACAAGAAAAUACUCCUUUUGGCUGAAUACACAAUUUGUGUCACAGUAAACUUCAAGCUUGCUUGCGUGUUUAUUCCUGAGGUUUUGGGGAUUAAUCUAUUGUGGGUCAAUCUAUUCUUUUUUUUCUUUGGCUGCUUGGUCUUAAUUGUAAUGAAACUGAUUGAUCUAAACUUUUGUAAGAGAACCUCGUUCUGUAUCAUAUGUCAUUUUAUAUGGUUCUUCAAAAUUUAAUUAUUGAAAUGCCUAUAAUAAAAAUGGUGCUGUAUAAUCUUGA